AUGGUUCUUCCAAAGCAGAUUGAACUGAUUUACGGCCUCUCAAGUAAACAUCAGCCCACAGAAUUUAGCAGCACUAAUGAUCCAAUAGUAACAGAACAAUGGAUCAAGUUAGUAGAGAAAGCUACUACUCUAUUUCCUAUGAUAGAUCAAGAGAAGAUCCGGUAUGCUACGUACCUGUUGAGAGGAGAUGCUAUGACAUGGUGGGAGCUUAUGGAGCAGACUCAAGAUACCACCACUCUCACUUGGUCAGGGUUCAAGAAAUUGUUUGAGGAGCAGUACCGGACAGCAGACAUGAUAUCCUCAAAACUACAAGAGUUUAUUAGUCUGCAACAAGGAUAUAUGAUGGUCAAAGAGUAUUCAAUCAAGUUCAACUCCUUGGCUAAGUUUGCACCCACACUAGUUAGUACAGUACAAACUCGAUUGGAGAGAUUUGUGGGUGAACUUCAUCCCACUAUCGCUAGAGAUGUUAUGUUGAGUCAUCAGCCCUCCCAAACAUAUAGUGAAGUACUCGCCAGAGCCAUCAGAAUAGAGGUGUGCUUAAGGAAGGAGACUAGAUUAGCUCUUCCCCUAACGGUGGCAAGUAGUCAUUUCCAGCUUGGCCAGUCCAGUAGUGCAGAACAAGUUGUUGGCAAAGAUGAUAAGGGUGAAGAUGAAUUGCCAAGUUUACCUCCAGAGAGGGAAGUGGGGUUUAGUAUAGAACUAGCCCCUGGUAUAGCCCCUAUUUCAAAGGCUCCUUAUUGCAUGGCCCCAACUGAGCUCCAAGAAUUGAAGAAGCAGUUAUAA